AUGGGAGACUAUAUGAAUGAGAGUCCAGCAGACUUCACCUCCAAUUCAACCACCACCAACAACAACACAGAUACAAGUACUCCUAAUUUCAGUUAUUCCAAUAAUUUUAACUAUGAUAGUAGUUCUUCGCAAAAUUAUCUGCAACAACCCCAACUGCAACAACAACAUCAGCAGCAGCAACAACAACAACAACAAGGUCAAUCGUUGAAUUUCAAUUUUGAUUCAAGUAACAACAAUAGCAAUCAGAAUGAGUUUUCCUUGAAUCUUAAUUACAGCGGAUACUCGGGUAAUGGAGACCUGAACACGAAUAUGAAUACAUCAACCAAUUCUAUUGCUGCAACAACUUCAGGGUACAAUUCAAAUACCCAACUUGCCGGUGGCCAAGAUUAUUUGAGUCCAAUGGGAUUCACAUCAUACAAUACUGCUUCAGACCCCAAUGCGUAUGGAGGUGGUUCUAAUCCAGGUUCUUUUACCAAUGAGCCAUUCUUGGACGAUGUUGCGUUUUCUCAAGCAAUAUUGGGUCCACAAUUGCAAUUACAACCAAGUAACUCUUCCCCACAACCGGUAUCUCCCCAUCAAGCCGGCCAGCAUUUCAUGAACCCCAGUGCAAACUCCGCAAACCUUGAUGAACUUAUAUCUCCUCAAAACAAUGACGAUUCAUCAUUCCUCAAUCCUCAAUUUUUCUCACCUUCAACAAGAGGAAACAAUUUCAAUGCUCUCGGCUCCAUUGCCGAGGAUAACAAGAACAAUUUAGCCUUUAGUCCAGACACAAGAAAACAAAGUAUCAGUGGUCCUUCGUUUAACAGCAAUAUUCCUGAUAUCCAAUCGGGAUCGUACUUGUCACCUCAAUUCAAUCCACCUAUCGCGUCACCUGGUUUUGAUGCCGGCUCAUAUUUGAAUUCGCCACCACCACAAUUAGCCUCUUCCGUUGCCCUUAGGGUUGAGGAUGUUAAUGAUGCACAGUUGAGUACUUCUAUCCCACAUCCGCCAGUUAAAGUGGAGAAUUGGAACGCCUUAUCCCCGCCACCACAAACUGCAACGUUGAGUUCAUCUGUUCCAAGUACUUCUGGUAAUGCAUUAUCUCGUGAUAUUCCAACCAAACAGUUGAGUAAAGAGGAAAAGAUGAAGAGAAGAAGAGAGUUCCACAAUGCAGUCGAAAGAAGAAGACGUGAUUUGAUCAAAGAAAGAAUAAAAGAAUUGGGUGUAAUAGUUCCACCUUCAUUAUUGAACCCACAAUUAUGUGCUGUACAGACUUUACAGCGAAAACUUUCUUCCGAGUCUACAGAGUUGAAUGAUCUUAUCGGAUCAAUUAAGGUCAAGGAAACGAAACCCAACAAAUCCACUAUUCUUAAUCGAUCGGUUGAUUAUAUCAAUCAUUUGAAUUACGUAUUGAAACAACAAGAGAUUGCCCGUGAGAACUUAAUAAAACAGAUUGAGAUAUUGGAAAAUGCCAACCAGCCAAGCAACUUUGGUGCCGACAAAUAUCAACUCCCCGGUGGUUUACAAUUUGAGACUCUGAAUGUAUCAAAUCUAGCAGGCAAUAAUUCCAGAAGUGGUGGGGAUACAAGCAACUACAAUCCAGAUGAUUUCUUUGCAGAUAUCGGAACAAGUACAGAAAAUUUUUGA